AUGGAUUCAAAUCCGACGGCACCCGCUGGUGAUCAGAAACCUACCGCCAUCCCUGCCCAAUCCCCCGCCCAACACCCCCCACCUGCCGCAGAGACCGCACAGCCCGCACAGCCCGCACAGACAACGGCUCCGGCACCGGCAACAAAAGAAGAUGAGGAGGAAUCGGAUUUAGAUGAAUUAGAUGAUGUGUUGGACGACUUCUCGGCCUCCGCUCCCGCGAAAGCCGAUCUAUCAGAGUCGGCCAUCAAGAAGCCUGAAGACAAGCCGGAUUUGAGCCAGCUACCAAGUCCAGAUGAGGAAGCACUGAUGAGGCAGCUAGAGGCCGGCAUGGCUGAACUACUAGGGGGCGGCGGCGGCAAUGAUACUACGGACGACUGGAACAAUUUAGCAAACGAGCUGACGAAACACGGUCUGAAGUCCGGAGAUCUAAUGAACUUGAUAAUGGGCGAAGACAUGACUUCGACCGGCGGCGAAGCCAGCGGCGAAGCCAGCGGCGACGCCGCGCGGAAGACCGAGGAUAAGUUCCAGGAGACGAUCCAGAAGACCAUGGAGCGAAUGCAGGAGUCGGGGGACAAGGCCACGGCGGCGGCGAAUACGAAUUCGGAAGACGAGAUGCUGGCGAACUUGCUCAAGGCGAUGGAAUCGGCGGGCAUGGGCGGAGGUGACGGCACGGAAGAGGAUUUCGAGCAGCUGCUGAUGGGCGUCAUGGAGCAAUUGUCGAAUAAGGAGAUGCUAUAUGAGCCGGUCAAGGAGCUAAGCCAGAAAUUUGAACCGUGGCUGAAAGACAAUAAGGACAAAUUGUCGAAAGAGGAGUACGAGCGAUAUGUGAAGCAGUCUGGACUCAUGUCGGACGUCUUGAAGAAGUUCGACGAGCCGGGGUAUUCGGAUGAUAAUCAUGAACAUAGGACGUAUGUGUGGGAGAAAAUGCAGGCUAUGCAAAGCACCGGCGCGCCACCAAAAGAGCUUGUAUCGGAUCCAUUGACGGAGGAGUUAUUCUCAGGUGGUGGAGACAUGUCGCAGUGUCCGCAACAAUAG